AACGUCUCGUAAAGAAUGAAAGCAGUGCUCCACCUAUUGUCGUUGCUGGCUGGUGCCAGCAUAGUGUAUUCCCUGCCAUCUCUCGGGGCUAGGGAGAACGCCUUGCCCAGCUCGUUUGCCAGCGAGGCCUCGCAGCUGAUUGCCACGCAGCUGCUGAAGCACAACAAAGACAUCGACGCCAACCAGGUGUAUUCCCCACUGGGAGUAGCCACCAUUCUGGCCACGCUAGCAGAGGGUGCCGAUGGCGAGACCUACGCGGAGUUUGGCCAAGUCUUUGGCUUCCCGAAGGAGCGACAGCAGCUGAGAGCAGCCUUCGAGCAGGCCUUGGCCGUCUUCCAGAAGCGAGACACAGUCGAUGCGCUGCCCUCGUUCCAGACCUGGUUCUAUGUCUAUCGCAACAACAGCGUGCGCGAGGACUACAAGCAGCUGCUGCAGCGUCACUACUACGCCGAGGUGAAGGACAUCAAUAGGGAGGAGUCCGACUGGCAGGAGCCGAGCAGCUUGGCGCUGGAGGGCAGCGGCACGGACGGGGAUGGCACAGAGCCCAGCAACAGCAAGGAUGUGAUCGGCUUCGAGACCCUGAAGCGCAUUAACGUGGACGACGAUGCUCCCAUCGGCAUCAGCGAGGACAGCUACGGCGAGGAGGUGGUCAACAAGGAGGCCUCCAAGUUCGAUCGUGAGGUGGAUGACAAGCAGUAUGUGGAAAAACCAGUUGCCUUGGCCGAGGCAGAGCAGCUGCAGAGUGAGAGGGAGCAGCUGACCACCGAGCAGACGGCAACGGAUGCCGAUAGCAGCAGCAGCAGCAACACCGAUGCACCAGUGGAAAAACUAGAAAAACCAGCUGAAAUCGCCCUGACCGUUAAGGAAAAUGUUGCCGAGAAGCAGCAGAGCAAGCGCAGCGAUGCCAAUGCCGAACAGAAUCCAAAUAUGGAGGAGAACGAGACGGUGCAGGAGGAUGAAAAGCUGCGCAAGCUGCUGCCCAGCGAGCAGAGCAGUGCUGCCAACCAGGUGACCGCCAGUGAACCCGAGAAGGUGCGCCUGCCCCUGCAGAAACUGGAAAAUGCCGUCAAGUCAAUGGUCAAGGAGGGCGCCGACGAGAUUAUGAUUGCCCUCGAGUCGCAUCUCAGCUCAGUGGCGCGGGUCUACGGUGGUCGCAGUCUGUUCCGCAAGGACGACAUUGCCUGCGCUCUGAGCGCCAACGCCAUCACGGGUCGGGCCAAUGAUGCCAAGACCAAGAUGCUGCUCUUCAAUGGACUCUACUUCCACGGCAGCUGGCGUCAACCGUUCUACCAGCUGCGCGACGGCAGCGACGAGUUCUUCUUCAUGACAAACGAGGACGCCAUGAAGACGCCCAUGAUGCACGCCCGCGGCAAGUUCAAUGUCUCCGACUUGCCCCACCUGAAGGCGCGCCUGCUCUCGCUGCCCUACGAGAACGACCAGUACAGUCUCUGCAUCGUGCUGCCCAACGAGCCCGAGGGCCUCAGCGAAGUGAUCGCCCAGCUGGAACCCAGCGACUACAAGUACGCACGGGAGCACAUCCUACUCAAGGAGCUGCACGUCACGCUGCCCAAGUUCCAGGUGAUGGAGACCUCGCGCUCCGAGGCAAUGCUCAAGCAGAUGGGCCUGAAGCGGCUCUUCUCCCGCACCGAGGCACAGCUUAACCUGAUGUCCGAGGACGAGGAUCUGCACAUUGACGAGAUUGUGCAGUUCGUGAGCGUGCGCGUCGACGAGGAUGGCAGCAGCACCAAUUCCCUCUCCGCUGCCAACAUCCAGGCCCGCUCGCCGAUUGCCACCGAGGCAGCUGCCGUGCUGCCGGUGCCAGAGCCGGAGCCRGAGCCGGGCGUAGAGCGCUUCGAUGUGAAUCGCCCGUUCGCCUACUUCAUUGUGGACUGCAGGAAUCAAGUGGUGCUUGCCUCUGGCAAGGUGUACGCGCCCGAGUCCGUGGAUGAGCUGCCGCCCGUGUCCAUAGAGGUGGAGCUGGAGCAGUCGUAGAUCUUCCCACAUCAAUCAAUCGCCUAGCUCUUAAGUUUCGUAACGAAUUUUCACCGAUUUCCAUAGCUCUAAGUGCUCACACGCAAUAAACAAGAAUUUCAUAUUCCACAAA